UCCACUUCACUCUGGUGUAUGUGUGCUGGCAGGCAGACAAAUCCCAGGGUCAGUCCACAGACGUUAGGCACAGCGAACAUCAUAAGAGUUGUGCUUAACCGACAUUGAACGGCAGUAUUAUAUUACUUAAGAGCAGAAACCAGUGGAUCUUCUAGAAAGCACCAGUGGACCUCCCACACCAGUGACUGUCUACCAUGUUGUCCAGAUUAAGGACAACCUGGUCUCUGAGGCCGUGCGUCUCUCUUUGCAGAUGGGUCCACACCAAAGAAAAGGGCAAGCCCCUCAUGCUCAGCCCUCGCACCAACAAAGGUAUGGCCUUUUCCCUGCAGGAGCGUCAGAUUUUGGGGAUACAUGGUCUGCUGCCUCCCAAAGUGGAGACUCAGGAAAUUCAGGCCCUGCGCUUUCAGAAAAAUCUCAAAAAGCUGCACGAUCCCCUGGAGAAGUACAUCUACCUGAUGGGCAUCCAGGAAAGGAAUGAGAAGCUUUUCUAUAGGGUGUUGAUGGAAGACAUAGAGGCGCUGAUGCCGAUUGUUUACACUCCCACUGUAGGGCUUGCCUGUACGCAGUAUGGACAUAUCUUUAGAAGACCAAAAGGCCUGUUUAUCUCCAUUCUGGACAGAGGACAUAUCCGCUCCAUCCUCGACAACUGGCCGGACACUAAUGUUGCAGUAGUAGUAGUAACUGAUGGAGAGCGUAUCUUGGGAUUAGGGGACCUGGGUGUUUAUGGAAUGGGAAUACCUGUUGGGAAACUUUGCCUGUACACUGCCUGUGCUGGCAUCAGACCUGAGAAAUGUUUGCCUGUGGUGAUCGACGUUGGGACGGAUAAUGAGACUCUCCUUAAGGAUCCGUUUUACAUGGGGCUGUACCAGAAGCGAGAUCGCUCCCAAGCAUAUGAUGAUCUCAUUGAUGAGUUCAUGGAAGCUGUUGUGGACAAAUACGGGCAGGACACGCUGAUCCAGUUUGAAGACUUUGGGAACCACAACGCGUUCCGCUUCCUUAGAAAGUACAGGGAGAAGUACUGCACCUUCAACGAUGACAUCCAAGGCACUGCGUCUGUAGCUCUUGCCGGUCUGUUAGCAGCUCAGAGAGCAGUUGGCAAACCCAUCACUGAACACCGGGUGCUGUUCCUGGGAGCAGGAGAGGCUGCCCUUGGAAUUGCCAAUCUGAUUGUGAUGGCCAUGAUGGAGACGGGGAUGACCCAAGCUGAGGCCAGGAAGAAAAUCUGGAUGUAUGAUAAAGAUGGCUUACUUGUAAAGGGCAGACAGCAGGAAACGGACUCUAACCAGGAAGCAUUUAUCCAUGAGAGUCCAGGGGAUGUACAGAGCUUCCUAGAUGCUGUCAAUGCCAUCAAACCUACAGCUAUCAUUGGUGUGGCAGGAGCUGGACGUCUGUUUACCCAUGAUGUCAUCAAGGCCAUGGGAACCCUGAAUGAACGGCCAAUCAUCUUUGCCCUGAGCAACCCAACCAAUAAAGCAGAGUGCACAGCAGAGGAGGCCUACACUCUGACAGAUGGAAGAUGUCUUUUUGCGAGCGGCAGCCCUUUCGGUCCAGUGACUCUGAGCGAUGGUCGCGUCCUUACACCAGGACAAGGGAACAACGCUUACAUUUUUCCAGGCGUGGGCCUGGCUGUGAUCCUGAGUGGAGUGAGACACAUCAGUGACACGGUUUUCUUAGAGGCAGCCAAGACACUUGCAGAGCAGCUGACGGAUAAAGAGCUCGCAGAAGGCAGACUCUACCCUCCUCUGUCCAACAUCAGGGAGGUCUCUAUCCAGAUGGCUGUCAAGGUGGUGGAGUAUCUCUAUGCUAAAGGCAUGGCGUUCCACUACCCUGAGCCAGUGGACAAGGACGCCUUUGUGCGGGCUACUGUCUGGAAGACCGAUUAUGAAUCUUUCCUGCCGGACACCUAUGAUUGGCCAGGUGUCAACUUUAGCCCCAAGUCCAUCUAGAAAUAGGGCACACUCACUGUGGCUCAUGUCAUAAUGGCCUUCUCUUCCUUUUUUUCUGCUUUAUACCUAAUCACAGAUUUUGUAAGAUUGCCUUACUUUAAACAUAUGCUUAAAAAUAGACCACAGUAGCCAUGCUGCUACAUUUUCACCAAACCAGUCUUAUUGGAUCUGUGAACAGUCAAAGUGGAAAGUGAAGAGAAGGGCAUUCUCAUUUUAAAUUAAACUUCUCCAUUAUGUGCAUCAUGUAGAAACCUGCACAAAGCCAGAUGGCCACCUGGUGGUGGAAAUGGGCAGUGGUUACAUCUAUUUUCCAUGCUGCUCCAGCGAAAACUCGGCACUAAAUUUGCAUAAAGUAUAUAUAAGGACAGGUAAAUGAUGUUAUGCUGCAUUAUAAACCAAAGUCUGCAGGGACAUUUGGGCCACUCCUGAAGGUUUUUAGCAAAUUUCAUGAAUUUUUUCCCAUCAAUUUUAAGAGCUUAUUGUUUCACUGUAUCUGUAAUCUAAUAAUGACUAAUCUGAUGUCAUUUUUGUUGUGUACAUUUCUGAUAUAUAGCUGUCUUCAGUUAGCGCGCACAAACUCCAUUCUUUACUUGUACCCCGUCUUCUAGUAUUCUUGCAAGCUUGCAAGAAAUUACCUCAAUUUCAUAACAUUUAGUAAUAUCCAGUAUGUAUUUGUGUAUUGCCUUUGUCCACCUUAUAAAUAAGGCUCUGGUCAGUUUUCCUCUUCUCAUUAAUACCCAGUAUAAGACAUCUAGCAGAGCAGAGGACUAAAGAGGAGAGCCUUUCUGUUAGAGACAAACAAAGACCGAUUAACUAAAAUUGAGAUUUUCUGAAGGGAAAAUACAUUAAAGUUAUAUAUUAAAAAAAAUGUAGGCAGACAACCUUUUAACAUCCACUCCAGCCUUUCAUUUGUUUGAUAAAUCGUGUCACCUAAUAUUUAUUUCUUUAAAUUCAUGUUAUUUUGUAUUCAACUGUUUUGAAAAGCCUCUCGUCAACACUCCUUAAGGAAUGGUCUUAUGAAGAAUGUAUCCCAUAAAAUGAACACUUUUGCUUAAGUGUUAUAUGAAUACUUAAGAAAAUAUGUGCAGUAUAAAAUCAUUAGAUACUCAUUUAUGUUGUUAAAUGUACUUUUUUGGUCUGAGUAUUCAGUUGUGUUUUGCACACAGCUGAAUACUCAUGCGUAGUGUGUGGCGUUGAGGUAUGUUGGUUUUGUCUGAGCAGACUGUACAAACUCACAGGCCAAGCUUCUCUCCAAUGUUAACAUCCACCUCGAGGUUAAAACACAGGUUAUGUAUUUUAACACGAGUGUUCCUCGUGUAAUAAGUCUGUUUUGACUCAGCCAAGUGAUGUAAACUGUGAACUGUUUGAAAAUAAUAUUGGCAUUAGAAAAUAGUGACUGAAAAGCCCUGGUUGAUUAAGUUCUUCGUACUGAAUAGUAAUGGUGCCUAAGCGCAUUGUAUAGACUGGCAAAAUAUUUUUGUGAUAAAGUGCAAGUCGGCUAUACUGUGUACAAAUCCACGUGUCAGUUUGAUGUACUGACCUAAUACCAGUAGGACACACUGCUGACCGUUAACCUGCUGAGGUUCUCUGUUAGCUCUUUGUUUUUGCUCAGUUCUGUGACAGAUUGCUGCAUUGUAAUAGCAAAUAAACUAAAGGUAUACCACACAGUGUUUCAUGUAAAAUGCAGGAUUCAAUCUAUGCUCUGAUCAUAUUCAUAAGACUUUAAACUGCUUUACGACAGGGGCAUUGGCAGCAUUGCACAUUGGUCUUCAGAGAUGUGUGUAAAAAUGGAGAUGGUUGACAGGUUAAAGAAAGAAAAGGAGUAUUUUAACAAGGAGAGAGCACCUACAUCAGGAUAGAAAUGCUUCAUGGUUCAUAUGCAGUGAUUGCUCCCUGUAACCAUACCAGCAAAAAGCCUUCUUCUUUUUCCUUUAAACUGUCAUCCAUCGAUUUACACUGUAAAAUUUUAACUCGAGGACCUUCCAACCGCAUACAUUGAAGUGCCUGCACAAAUUACAGUGUCCCUUCAUAGUCACUCCCAUGCCUCAUUAUGUUAACCUCAUAACAUACAGAUAGCCACACUAUAAUUAUUGACAUUAUUGUUUUGUUAUGAAAUGGUGUAACUGUAGCAUUCAGCAUACAGUGCUUUCUCUAAUAAAUGUUAGAUUUAAUGCAAACUUUUCAAUGGUUUUACGAUACGUAAACACUGUAAUGCCAUCGGUGUGUUGCUCACGUGUUUGUUGAGAUGUUGUUGACUGUAAUUGCUGUUUUGUCAGAUGAGUGGUUAGUUCAUGUGACUCUUAGUGGUUUCAGUAUUCAUAAGUAUUCUCAUGCAGUCUGACACUUAUUUUUGGUGCAGUCACGUUUGUAUACCAAAGUGCAGUAUGUUUGUGAUGCUUUAUUAUACUUGAGGUGUGAAAACUCCAGAAUAAAACCUAUUUUUACAUCGG